AUGCCCCCCUACGACGUCCUCGUCACCGGCUCAUCCGGCCACCUCGGCACCGCCCUCAUGCUGAGCCUCCCCUCCCAGGGCUUCCACCCCCUAGGCAUCGACAUCCUCCCCUCGCCCACAACCACCCACGUCGGGUCCAUCUCCGACCGGCCCUUCAUCGCCUCCCUCCUCGCCGCCCACCCGUCCAUCACACGCAUCCUCCACGCCGCCACCCUACACAAGCCCCACGUCGGCAGCCACACCAAGCAGGCCUUCAUCGACACCAACAUCACCGGCACCCUCGUCCUCCUCGAAGAGUCCGCCGCACGGCUCCCCGCCAUCGACGCCUUCGUCUUCUUCAGCACCACCAGCACGUUCGGCCUCGCCCUCAGCCCCCGGCCCGGCUCCCCCGCUGCGUGGAUCGACGAGUCCGUCGUCCCCGUGCCCAAGAACAUCUACGGCGUGACCAAAGUCGCAGCCGAAGACAUGUGCGGCCUCGUGCACCGCCAGACAGGCAUGCCGACGCUCGUGCUGCGCACCUCGCGCUUCUUCCCCGAGGAGGACGACGACGCGGACCGCCGCGCAGACAUGGCCCACGACGACGACAACCUCAAGGUGCUGGAGCUGGCGUACCGGCGGUGCGACAUCGCCGACAUCGUGGCCGCGGCCGUGUGCGCCAUGGGCCGCGCAAGGGAUAUUGGCUGGGGCAAGUACAUCAUCAGCGCGCCGCCGCCGUUUCGCAAUGACGCCGAAACGCUGGCGGCGCUGGACCGCGAUCCGACGGCGGUGUUUCGCUCUGUCUGUGUCGGCGAUGACGAUCAGGGGAGGACGCUGGAUGGCGUGUUCGCGGAGAGGGGGUGGAAGCACCUCGCGCGCGUGGACCGUGUCUACGAUUCGACCAAGGCGGUGCGCGAGCUGGGCUGGCGGCCCGAGUUCACGUUUGAGAGGACGAUUGCCAGACUGAGCAGGGGAGAGCCGUGGAGGAGCGAGCUGACGGGCAAGGUUGGCAAGAAGGGAUAUCACGCGGAGAGCACGGGUGUCUAUACCAAGCGGUGA